AUGGACUCAGAUUUUAUAGAACGGCUACAGAGGGUCAGUUUGACGGCGGAGGAGGAUGAGGUGAUCAUGGUUCGGCCGGAGCAUCGUGCGAAAACUUUAGAAGAAUGCUCCCUCAGUUUACUAGGAAGGUUCCAUACGACCAAACUCAUCGACUUCAGAGCAGCUAAAAACCUCUUACGCUCUGUUUGGAAGAUGGGAAACGAUCUAAAAAUUAUGGAUGUUGGCGACGGACUGUUCCAGUUUAAAUUCGCGAUGGAAAGCCAAUUAAAGUGGGUUAUUAACAAUGGUCCUUGGAGUUUCGAUAAUCAUAUCCUACUGCUAAGACGGUGGGAGAAAGGAAUGAUGGCUUUUUCGGUCAAGUUCCUAACCAUUCCGAUAUGGGUGCAAGUUUGGGAGAGAUAUUGGACAAGGAAUUGGAAGGGUCAUUGA